AUGGUGCUGUACUUGGCGUACUUGCAGCCGUUCCGUGAGUAUCUCACCGUGCAGGUGCUCGGCGGCAGCUUCAGCGACUACGUGUGGGCGGACGAGCAGGGCCCGUGGGGGACUGAUCGACUGACGCGAGCGCUGAGGCGAGAGACCGGCAAGAGGCUGGGAGUGCCGCUGCACACGCUCGACUACCGGCACGCGGCUGUCAGCAUCGGUCGAGUUGUCGUAGGCGAGCGGUUCAGCAAGGGCUAUCAAGACAAGGUUGGCGAGGUGGACGAGGCUGAGGUAGACGAGGAUGGGGAGGACGUGAUGGAGCUGCAGAACGCAAGGACGACGGUGAUUGGAGUGGGCAACUACAGCGUGCCAAUCGACAUCGUCAAGCAUCUCAGCGUGCGCUCGAUUGAAGCGUUCCGUCCGCUCAGCGCGAUGUGGCACCGCUUCUUGGGGCUGGAUGGGAAGCAGGCAGCGCCGCAGCGGACUUGGACGGGCAACAUCAAUCCAAUGAGGAGGGCGAAGAAACGUGGGCGCAGUGGCAUCAACAGCGAUGACGAUGACGGGAAUGAGGAUGAUCAGGGCAGGGAAGCCGCGUUGCUGCAUAGAGACAAGAAAGAGAAGGCAGUCCGCAAGGCAAUGCAGCAAGUGCUUGGUCAGCAGGACGUUGGGUUUCGAUCCGCAGAGCAGGAGCUGGCGCUGCACGCAGUAAUUGAUGGGCAGACGCCGCUUGUCGUCGUGCUGCCGACCGGUGGAGGCAAGAGCUUGCUGUUUAGCGUGCCGGCUUGCAUGGACGACGCUGGGGUGACGGUGGUCGUGGUGCCGUACCGAGCGCUCAUUGAGGAUCUAGUAGACCGGAUGCAGAAGUGCGGCAUCGACUGCAUGGAGUGGAAGCACGGCGAGAGC